AUGGGAAUUUGUCAUUCUAAAUCAAAGCUUAAAAGAAGUGGAGCAUUUCAUUGUAUCCCAAUUGACUUUGAUAAAUUAAAGAAAUACAAUCAAGAACGAUAAAAUAAUGAUCUUAACAUUGUAAAAUAACAAUCCUUUUGUCAACUCAUUUGUUAAGAUGCAAAUAAAUUUUCUAAUCCAUAAACAUAAACUUAUAAUUAUGUCUAAACUCAAUAAAUUGAAUUUAAAAAACAUUGA